GACGUUGUGUGGAGGUGACCGUGCAGUACUCCUGUUCCUUCCUGAGGCCAAUGGAGGCGGUGCUACUGCUGACAUCACGCUCUGCCUCCUCAGUCAGUCCCUCUGGAGCCACUCUGGCCUUCAGCCUCAAGACCCAGGUCACACACAUCACCCCCAGCGGGAUAGUGAAGUGUAAAUCUCCAUGUUACCAGCUGAAGGAGCUCCAACUUAAAGUAAAAAACCCUUUCAGCAAGGAUGCCACGUUCAGGGUGGUGUUGGUAGAGUCUAAAGCCAACAUGCUGCAGGUGGAGAAGAGUCAGGAGAGCCUCAUUCAACAGUUCUCCUUUAGGACCAACCCAAGCUCAGACAACAACACCAGUCUUUCUACAGAUAGGUUGAAUGGUGGAACUGACUGUGGUGAGUGGGAGGACAGUGACCUUCACUGUGAUCCUGCAGAUGAGUGUGGUGUGAAUGAGUUCUUUAGUCCUGUCAGGAGUGUGAGUCUGGCGGCUGGACAGACAGAAACCAUAGAGCUCCACUACCUGCCCUUCCACCUGGGGAAAAGACACUGCUCCGUCCUGCUAGUCAGCCAGCAGGUUGGUGAGCAGGUGUAUCUUGUGGAGGGGACAGCAGAUCUUCCCCUGUCCUCCCCUCUGACCACAAAGCCCAGUCCUAAUGUAGUCCAUGUUAGCAGCGCCACCUCUGAUGGUGCUGAUCCCAGGCCUGCGGUGAACCUGCGUUGCGGCGUGGGCAGCACCCUGGAUGAGGUGGUGUGUGUCCCCCUGGUUAACGGGCUGUGGGAGCGGGCGCUGGCCACAGUGGGGCAGCAGAGGAUGAGCCCUGUGGAGAAGAAGAGGCGCAGCCUCACACACACUCUGGACAGCAGCACCGUCCGGGCCAGGGUGGCGGCCGCUGCUCUCACCACCUCACAGUCCCUGCUGGUCCCUGGUCCAGUCCAGUCUGACCGUCUCUCUCCUCUCCUCCAGUCCCUGCUGGUCCCUGGUCCAGUCCAGUCCCAGGUGUCCCUGCUGGUCCCUGGUCCAGUCCAGUCUGACCGUCUCUCUCCUCUCCUCCAGUCCCUGCUGGUCCCUGGUCCAGUCCAGUCCCAGGUGUCUCUGCUGGUCCCUGAUCCAGUCCAGUCUGACCGUCUCUCUCCUCUCCUCCAGUCCCUGCUGGUCCCUGGUCCAGUCCAGUCCCAGGUGAUAGAGUACAGUGUGAAUGUUUCUCUACCGGAACACUUCCUCCUGCCUCGUACCAUCACUCUGCCUGUGGCCAGGGACGCACAUGUCACACAGGACAACCUCACAGACUCUGAGGUGGUGAUGGUACCACUGAGGUUCCAUGCCCACGUGGCCGGUCGGUUCCGGUGCCAGCUGGUUCUGCAGUCGUGGCGUGACAUCAGAGUCUACCUGCUGGAAGCCGUGGUUACCGCAGAGGGAGACCACGCCCAGCUAGAGUUCACCACGCCCGCUCACCUGUCUGUCACUCAGGACAUCCCUCUGAUCAAUGAGAGCAGACAGGACUGGCGUCUGCGAGGCUUGGUUAGUGGCUGUGGCUUCUACGGCCCUCCUGUGGUGUACAUACGGGCCGGGGAGAAGACCUGUUACCCCCUUACCUUUAGACCCACCACACAGAGCAUCGUCACGGGCAGGCUGUCCUUGCUGAAUGACACAGAUGGGACGGAGCACAGCUUCACCCUGAGAGGGGUGGGGGAGCGGUCCCUACCCCUGGACCACGUGGUGAUACACUGCUCUGUCAGACAGGUCACACACAGCACCCUGCAGGUCCCCAACUACAGCCAGCACCCCCUCACCUGUCAGGUGGUAUCAGACCUCUCCAUCGUCAGUGGACCGCCCACCUUGGACAUCAAACCAGGUCACACCGUCCCCUACACCGUGUCUGUGUCACCAUGGAAACGAGGGAAACAUACAGGGUCCAUGUCAUUCCUAGCCGUGGAGAGUGAGACAGGAACAGGGAAUGAGUCCAGGCAAUAUGAGGUGUGGUUCUCUAUAGAGGUCAUAUGUGAUCCUGCUCCUCCCCUGAAGGUGCUGGCUGUGCACUGUGCUGUUCAGAGCUCUGUUGCCGUGGAGAUCCCCCUUAGUAAUCCGGAGGCGGAGCCGCUUGAGCUGUGGGUGUGUCUGGAGGGAGAGGACCUGAGUGGAGACACCCUGGUGUGUGUCCCUCCCCAGAGCAGUCUCAACUACACAGUCACCUUCUCUCCUGCUGUAGUAGGGAAGAGAACAGACAGUGUGGUCUUCCAGUCGGAGCUGGUGGGAGAGUUCUGGUACCAACUGGACCUGCUGGCCCAACCUCCUGUCCUCACCACCUUACCACAGAGCAGCUGUGAACUGGGAAAGUGGACCAGGCUGUACAUCCCACUGGUCAACCCCACAGACGAGACACUGGAGCUGGGCACGGUCAACAGCAACCCUCGCAACUUCACCCUGGAGCUGGAUACUAGCAGACCACUCAUCAUAGCACCACACUCGUCCACCCAGGUUCCUGUCCGUUUCAGCCCAUCAACCAUCGGAGCUGGAAACCACACAGCCAAGAUCUCCUUCACCUGCUCUCAGUUGAAACACUGGAGCUUCCAGCUGUGUGGUGAAGGCCUGACCCCUGGGAGGAUGGAGCCUCUGUCUGUAGCCUCCCCUGUGGGAUCUCAUUCCUCCAUCAUCCUCCCCUUCAGGAACCCUACUGAACACCCAGCCCUGCUGCACCUCAGACUCACAGACGAGGAGCCCGGUCAGAAGAGAUCAAGCCAGUCCUUCAUCUGUGACAGGAAAGUGUUCUGCAUCCCCCUCAAACAGACACAAGGUGUGCGUGUGUCUGCGGGGGCCAGUGUGGACAUUCCUGUGGUGUUUGCCCCUGACUCCAUGCAACUGCACCAGGCCUGGCUCCUGGUUCAGCUAGAGCCCCUCUUCAACCUCCCCCGCCUGGACUCACCACUCACCACGGCCCAGAGGGACAAGUGUGUGGAGGUAGAGAAAGACCGGGUGCGUUUGGUCCGCUGGGUCUACCCCAUCCAUGGCAUCCCAGAGGCCCCUCCUGAACCCUCUCAUCCAGCGGUGAUAGAAUGUGAGGCUCGCGGUCGAGUGGAGGAGAGAGUGGAGGUGCUGUUGACGGGAUGUGUUCCUGGCUCCUCCGUCAGCAACACAGACACAACUCUCAUCAGGGCCCCCUCCUCCGUCAGCAACACAGACACAACUCUCAUCAGGGCUCCCUCCUCCGUCAGCAACACAGACACAACUCUCAUCAGGGCCCCCUCCUCCGUCAGCAACACAGACACAACUCUCAUCAGGGCUCCCUCCUCCGUCAGCAACACAGACACAACUCUCAUCAGGGCCCCCUCCUCCAUCAGCAACACAGACACAACUCUCAUCGGAGACCCCUCCUCCGCCAGCAACACAGACACACCUCUCAUCAGGGCUCCCUCCUCCGUCAGCAACACAGACACAACUCUCAUCGGAGACCCCUCCUCCGCCAGCAACACAGACACACCUCUCAUCAGGGCUCCCUCCUCCAUCAGCAACACAGACACAACUCUCAUCAGCGCCCCCUCCUCAGCAGGCUUCAGGCUGGCUCUAGAAGACUUCCUAUGUGAGGUGUGUUAUAACAGUGAUGCUGAGCGGUCCCAGCUGGAGGGCUGUGUAACCCUGUCUCUACUGAACUGUCACAGAGACCCCCACUCUGGCAUCGUCUCUCUCACCAUCAACCUCAUCUUUACCCCUUACAAACCUCUCAGGUGUUCAGCUGUGCUGUCGGUUCAGUGUUUGACAGGUGGGCUCUGGAAGUUUCCCAUCAGCCUCAUCUCCACCGAGCCGCAGGUUGAUGAUGUCAUCACCAUUAACGCUGCAGGGCUACACAAGACCUCUGCUGUGGGCUUCAGACUGACCAGCCAGACCAGGUACCCAGAGCCAUUCACAGCAGGGUUCCUGCCAGGUGGAGGCAGUGAGUUCCAGGUGUGUCCCUCCUCAGGUGAGCUCCUCCCAGUGGGGUCAGCCGGUACCCUCCUCACCGUCUCCUUCACCCCCUACAUGUACAGCAAGAGACACCACGCUACGCUGCUGGUCCAGACAGCAGACAUGCAGUGGACGUACGAGGUGAAAGGAACCACGCCUGCUUACACCCCACCCCACUCUGCCUCCUCCAAUGGGAACACCUCUUCCAGGGAACUCCCUCCCACUGAUGUCCGCCAGAGGAACUUUGUGUCCCGGAACCUUCAUCUCCCAGCCAUGGCCAACUCCUCCCCCAUCAAACACAGAGCCUCCGCCUCGCAGAUCAGAUAGAGAGAUCCUUCUCACACUACACCCCCACCCCAUUCCUGUGUCAUUGAAAUGAUCAUACAGGAGGUUUGAAUAAUUAAAGUGCCUGUACUUCACCUCGUUGUCAUAAUUAGAUUUCUGUUGACCUCUGACCAUAUGAACAUUCUUUUAUGCACUUGGCAUGACUUUGGAGACGUUCUCAGUCUGUUCUCAAAUGAGAUGUGUGUGUUUGGAGACGUUCUCAGUCUGUUCUCAAAUGAGAUGUGUGUGUUCAUAUGCAUGUGGGGGUGAAAUCCCUCUUGUCAUCCAGGCCAGUGAACCAGGGGUCUUUCUCUCACCCUGAAUUCCAAGACGGAUGAUCUCCCCUCUGAUUACUUAUCAUGUAGUCUUAACUGGAUGAAAUAACAGACUCUGGUUUAGAGACAGAGAGAGAGAGAGACAUUAUCUCAUUUAUUUAGGCAGCAUUAAUAUUCACUUGUAUCGAUCAUAUCAGAGCGAAGGUUUGGAUUAGGGAAUAGAUUGAUCCUGGAUCGAGAUUAGAAGGUUUGGAUUAGGGAAUAGAUUGAUCCUGGAUCGAGAUUAGAAGGUUUGGAUUAGGGAAUAGAUUGAUCCUGGAUCGAGAUUAGAAGGUUUGGAUUAGGGAACAGAUUGAUCCUGGAUCGAGAUUAGAAGGUUUGGAUUAUUACUGUCUCUGUCCAUUAUCACGUUGUACUGAACUCUACCUGAGACUGUCUCUGUCCAUUAUCACGUGGUUCUGAACUCUACCUGAGACUGUCUCUGUCCAUUAUCACGUUGUACUGAACUCUACCUGAGACUGUCUCUGUCCAUUAUCACGUGGUACUGAACUCUACCUGAGACUGUCUCUGUCCAUUAUCACGUGGUACUGAACUCUACCUGAGACUGUCUCUGUCCAUUAUCACGUGGUACUGAACUCUACCUGAGACUGUCCAUUAUCACGUGGUACUGAACUCUACCUGAGACUGUCUCUGUCCAUUAUCACGUGGUUCUGAACUCUACCUGAGACUGUCUCUGUCCAUUAUAAUGUGGUACUGAACUCUACCUGAGACUGUCUCUGUCCAUUAUCACGUGGUACUGAACUCUACCUGAGACUGUCUCUGUCCAUUAUCACAUUGUACUGAACUCUACCUGAGACUGUCUCUGUCCAUUAUCAUGUGGUACUGAACUCUACCUGAGACUGUCUCUGUCCAUUAUAAUGUGGUACUGAACUCUACCUGAGACUGUCUCUGUCCAUUAUCACGUGGUACUGAACUCUACCUGAGACUGUCUCUGUCCAUUAUCACAUUGUACUGAACUCUACAUGAGACUGUCUCUGUCCAUUAUCAUGUGGUACUGAACUCUACCUGAGACUGUCUCUGUCCAUUAUAAUGUGGUACUGAACUCUACUUGAGACUGUCUCUGUCCAUUAUCAUGUGGUACUGAACUCUACCUGAGACUGUCUCUGUCCAUUAUCACGUGGUACUGAACUCUACCUGAGACUGUCUCUGUCCAAUAUCUUGUGGUAUUGAACUCUACCUGAGACUGUCUCUGUCCAUUAUCUUGUGGUAUUGAACUCCACCUGAGCAGAGAAGGGCCUGCUGUUGAGAUCACAAGAGUGGAUGGUACCAGUGUAUGGCUCUAGCUGACAGCUAGACAGGCUUCAGUUACAGACCUAGUUCAGCCUGCACUAAACCAGCAGGCUGAACAAGGAUAGAGGGAGCUCAGAGUUCCGAGUGUGUAUAUCACCUGUGAGAGCGAUUAGCCAAUCACGGCCGGGCACACGCUCCCAACGAAGCAACUGUCUCGCUCUUUGAUGUGAAAUCUAAUUAAUGCUGCAAAGCCCCUCUCCUCGCAGUGAGUAUCCCCUGCCGUACAUGACAGGGGAGAGAGCAGGAGAGAGACAGAGGCAGGGAGAGAGAAACAAGCAGCUCAACUUCAUUUCAUUUCAUCCUUCUCAGUUGAGCUCUCUUCUGUCUCUCUGUCUCCAUGCACUGAUGACUUCUGAAACCUCUUUUCUCUUUAUCAUCAUGGGUCCUGCCUCACUGAGAGAUAUCCCUGGCUGUGUUUCAUAAGUGUGUGUGUGUGUGUGUGUGUGUGUGUGUGUGUGUGUGUGUGUGUGUGUGUGUGUGUGUGUGU